AUGCCCGCGCCCAACGCAAAGCCCCUCGCAGACCGGGCCGCUGCAAAGCGCCAGGCCGUCACCACCGUCUCGGCCAUCGCCCUCGUCUUCAUCCUAUGGCCAGAGCGCUUCAUCAUCUGGCGCAAUCUCUGCUUCGUGCCCGUCGCGGCCUGGCUGACUGCGCUGGUCUUUGACCUAAAGCAUGGCGCGCUCGACGCCUGGGAUGACAGAGUCCCGGCCUGGAUGAAGAGAUUCAUUGGCGCAGAUGACAGCAGCAGCAGCUACAACAACAGCAGAAGCAGUGGAGCUGGAGCUGGAGCUCGCUAUGGCUCAAGUCGAGCCAAAUCCACGACAAUGCCCGAGUAUGUGCUCAUGCAUCUUGGGGAUACCGUGUCUCUCGUCAAGAAAGAAGCUGCACGGAUCUGGGAAACUGUUAGCCCAAUUCUGACCGAAUGGUUUCGCCAAGUCAUCCAUUUCCUCACCCCUCAAACAUCAGCAAACCGGAUGCCAUCACCAACAUCCUCGCCUCGCAAGCCAAGCCCAGAGUUCACCCAGUACUACGGCAUCUUGGUCAAGCUUCCCCGCGGUCCCAACGUCACAGCUCCUUUCGCGCCCCCAUUUCGGAUGCGAGAAGCCUCGGACAGGAUCAUUCCGCGAGAAAGCAAGGAUGCCUCGGCCGUUCCGUCAGUGCUCAGCUCUUGGGACGUUGAUUCUCGCAUCUCGUUUCUUCUUGUCGAGAAGACGACCUGGGAUGACCGAGACCUGACGCUUCGAAGCAAGUUGGCGGCUGGAACCUACUGGAACAUGUCGGCUCAGGGCCGCGGCAACCUUCGCAGGGAAAUGGACAGGACAGAAGUUGCACAGAUUAGCGGCAUCGAAGUGAUUGGCCUUGGAGACGGGGAAUACGAUGCGUUGAAGAAAUGUCGUCAGUGUUUCCGCGUCUUGUGUCAGGACUGGAAGUACAUGCGGAUGCUCUGGGACGACGUCGACUUCGCCGCCAUCCUAGCAUUCCUGGUGAUGGGACCAUCCACAGCCACAAAAUCAGCCCAGAUCUAUCGAGCACUCUGCAUGCUCAGAGCAGAUCAGGCCGAGGUCCCAAAACGAGGCGGGCCAACCAUUGACUCGUUCCUGAUAGCAGCAGCAACAGGCGGGCUUGCAGCACCCUUUGUGCUACCGCUCAUGGCAGGCGGCUUAGCGGCUGCUGCCAUGAGGAAUCGCAAUGGUGCACUGCCGGAGCAGAGGAGAAAGGCAUACAAGAGCCUGAUGAUGCAAUUCCCAGAGCUCAAGGCGCUGUUUGACGCAGAAGAGAGGGAACACAAAGAAGAGGCCAUCAGGAAGGACUGCGCCGAUGAAGACGAAGAGUGGAAGGACGAGGGCGAGGAUUACUACAACGACGCUUUGAAUCCAUUUGAUUGGUGA